AUGGCAUCAAAUACAAAUCUAGAUCAUUUACAUCUACUUGUUGAGAUCGACAAAUUAAUAAAGGAAAAAAAACAACUUGAUGCAGAUAAAGAUGAAUAUCUGACACAAGCAAAUCAAGCUAUUAUGGACGAAAAUUAUGAUAAUGCCAUUGAGCUUUUACAAAAGGUUAAACAAGUACAUAUUGAUCUUCGUGAUACAAUUAAUGAAUUGGAUCAAUAG